GUUCCUCCUGUCCCUCUUCUGUCGUCCUCCUCCUGUCCUUCACCAAGCAGUCAAGCACGGUGGAAUAUUGAAGAACAAGACCACAAGAGGAUGGAGAUGCCCGAAACAAACGUCUUCCACGUGAAAGGCCGUCAAAUCUCUGUGCCUCCUUUUGCCAAGUUCGUGUUUUGAUCGAUCGGCGCAAAAGACCAGAAACCCCAAAGAUUCGAUCUGAGCUCGCCGUCGUGACGCUGUCAGAAAUGGAUCCGUUCGCCAAACUCUCUGCCGGGAGAUGCUCUUCCGUUCAUCAUCUGUUCUGUCGCAGUUUGCAAGCAGAAGGAUAAAGGAGGAAGAACAAAAUGGCGAAACCAGACAAGGAAGAAUGGUCUAAAUCGAGGACAGCCCACAAAUCGAGCUUUACUCAUCUUUUUUCCUACAUUUCUUCCACCUGCUCGUCGUUUGUUGGCUAUAAAAAUCACGCCUUGCGGUCUCUUGGUUCGUAGAAGAGGCAGAGGAGGAAGGAGAAUGGAGGCGAGGUCUGUGGAUUUGUUGUGCAUUGUUGCGUUUGUUGUAGGCGCCGCAAUGGUGGACGCCGGAGAUGGAGAUAUGACAGCCUCUCCCGUUCUGAGGGGAAACGGUGGGCAGAGGGGCUGCCGGUUGGAUCUGUCGAACGAGCUCUUCGGUGGGGUGGGCGACGCCUGCGUCCGUGGAGGGCUCGACCGGAGCCGGUGCUGCCCGGUGCUGGCCGCCUGGCUCUUCGCCGCGCACGCGCGCUCUGCGCUGGAGAUUCCGGCGGAGCAGGUGGAGGACGACGACGGGGCGCCGAUGAUGCCGGAGGACAACCAGCAGUGCGUGAAGUCGCUGCAGAGCGCUCUGGAGAAGCGCGGCAUACGGCUGCCGCAGCCCAACGCCACCUGCGACACCGUGCUCUGCUUCUGCGGCAUCCGCCUCCACCACAUCGGCCCACUCCGGUGCCCAGCGGCGUUCAAUCUCAGCGGCAGCGCCUCCGCCAUUCCAACCGCUGCAGUCCAGCGGCUGGGGCGGGAUUGCCGGAACGCGUCGUACGCCGGUUGCUCCCGCUGUCUUCGUUCCCUCGACAAGGUGCAGAACGGGAACGGCGGCGGCGUCAGCGACGGCGGUGAACGGGCGGCGAGGAUGUUCGCGCGCGACUGUGAGCUGAUGGGCCUGACGUGGCUGCUGGUGAGGAACAAGACGGCGUACAUACCCACGGUGUCGGCCGUCCUCCGGGCGAUGCUCUACACAGCCCGCCCGGCCUCCAGCGGCGGAAGGUGCAGCCGGGACCUGGACAACAUGCCGCUCGCCGUCGACUCCAUCCAACUCCAACACUUCGGUGGAGACGACGUUAUCUCCGCCGCCACCUUCUCUGCUGGUCGGCCCGUUGACGUCCUCUUACUUACUUCCUUCGCCACGACAAUAGCCCUAGCUGGACUACCCUUUCUCUAGGCCGGAGCCGGCGACUCAUGCCGCCGGUGAAUUCUCUAAAGAUGACUCAUUUUGAUAAGACGCAAGAGAUUUUGUUAAACUAAAUCAGGAGUUCAAUAUGAUUGUUGUUCAGAAAAAAAAAAAAAAUAAUGUCGGAAG